AUGAAAUAUUUUUUUUUCCAUAUAUGCAAUCAAUAUUUCUGCAUCACUUUUAAUUUAAUUGCCAUAUACAGUACUUCAUUGGAUUGUAGUUUUUUUCCUUCAUUAAUCAGUUAAGGACCCUAUUUCUAUAUAUUUUUGUGCAAUAUGUUAAUCUCAUCCAAUUUGCUUCUUAUCUAUUUGCUUCGUGACUUGUAAGUUUUCAAUGAAGUUGUAUUACCAUACCUAUGGAAGAAAUGAUACAUGAUACACAUUUUAGGAAGGAAAAGUGCGUGGGCACUGAUGCGCUACAAGAACCGGUUUCCUGCAUUAACGUGUUUUGUUCAGAAGGCUUACGCAGAAAUGUUGAAGCGACUUCCCAGUGUCAAACGUUUCUCACCGUUGUGUAACACGAGUAAGCAUCCAGGAGGUGAAGAGGUUCUGCUGGAGCAAGCGGGCGCAGAUGCGACAGAAAGCUUUGAGGAUGUGGGUCAUUCCACAGACGCCAGAGAGAUGCUCCAGCAGUAUUACAUCGGCGAGCUUCAUAUGGAUGAUCGGAAGAAAGCCUCAAAAAAGGAAGUUUACAUUACAACUUCCAAAGACACCAGGUCAUGGACCACCUGGUUAAUUCCCACAUUGGCUGCCGUACUUGUGGGCGUCAUGUACCGUUACUACGUGUUGGAGCACAAAUCCUCCUGAACUCCCGUGAACUUUGUCACCGAUAUAUAUUUUUCUCAUCUGGAGGCCUUGACUUGUUUCAGUGAGUGAGUCAGCAAGAUCACUCUAAACUCCUGCUCAUCCUCUCUUCUUUAGUUUCCUCUCAACUAGCUGUAUGGAAAAGCUCCAAAGCUUUCUUCCAUGCUUUCUGACAUCAAGUUUAGACUUUUUUUUUUUUUUUUUUUUUUUUUAAAUGUACUUGGAAAUGACUUCAACUCCUUUAAAUUAAUCUAGAGUGUAGUUGGAAAGAUCAGGUCCUUCAGGUAUGGUGAUGGAUUUUAAUUCGCUGAUCAUUUUGACAAAUCACAAGUCCACAGCCUUCACAUAGCUGCUAAUUUAUGUUUGUCAGUGAAUUGCUUUAGGUUUAUUACCUAAGGACUUUGACCAAAUGAUUCAAGUGGAGCUGAAAGAUAAGAAGAGAACAGCAAGUGUCAUGCUAC